CCCGUCUACGAGUACAUCGUGCCGCCAAAGCUGGUCGACUGGGGCCAAGCAUCGCUAGUGAAGUGGCGGAGGGCACGAGAGCAGUAUGAGGAGAACGUGAGGGAGCGCUGCGAGUGGACGGGCGAAGAUUACAAGGCCGUCGUUCGGAGUGUACGCAGUGCUAUUCAUCCUGACAUGAUG